AUGCACGCCGCAACAAUCCUCGCCCUCCUCCCCCUCGCAGCCGUCGCCGCUCCCUCGCGGCGUGCUCAACCCGCACCCCUCAUCAAGCCGAGGGGCGCAACCCUCGUGGCGGACAAGUACAUCGUCCGUCUCAAGAAUGAAGCCAAGACGGGUGCCUUGCAGAGCGUCAUGAAGACCUUUUCCGCCGACGCCGACCACGUUUACAACUUUGCCGGCAGCGAGAGUGGCAGCGUGCCCUACCUCCGCGGAUUCGCGUCGACGCUGAACGCGACUGAGCUCGAGAGCCUCCAGAAUGACCCGGACGUCGACUUCAUCGAGCAGGACGCUAUCGUGACGAUCAAGGCCACGCAAAGGAGCGCUCCGUGGGGUAUCGCGAGGCUCUCGAGCACACAGCCUGGUUCGACGACGUAUAGCUACGAUGAGAGUGCCGGAGAGGGCACCUGUGCUUACAUUGUCGAUACCGGCAUCGAUAUCGAGCACCCAGACUUUGAGGGCCGCGCCACCUUUCUCGCAAACUUCGCCGACAACUCAGACACGGACGGCCAGGGCCACGGCACCCACGUCGCCGGCACAGUCGGUUCCGCAACCUACGGCGUCGCCAAGAAGACCAAGCUCUUUGCCGUGAAGGUCCUCGACUCCAACGGCGAGGGCACCAACUCGGGCGUCAUCGCCGGCAUGGAUUUCGUCGCGACCGACGCCGCCGGCCAGACUGGCUGCGCCAAGGGCGUCGUCGUCAACAUGUCGCUCGGCGGGCAGACCUCGACGGCCGUGAACCAGGCCGCUGCGGCGAUUGUGAAGGCGGGCCACUUCCUGGCUGUCGCUGCGGGUAACGAGGCGGCGGAUGCGUCUACUUCUUCGCCUGCGAGCGAGGAGAGCGUGUGUACCGUCGGGGCGACGACCAAGACCGACGCGCUGGCGGAGUACUCCAAUUUUGGAGCUUCUGUCGAUAUCCUGGCGCCUGGCACCAACAUCAUGAGCACCUGGCCCGGUGGAAAGACUAACACAAUCUCCGGCACGUCCAUGGCGAGCCCCCACAUCGCCGGUCUCGCAGCCUACCUCCUCGGCCUCGGCUCGGCGCCUUCGGAUCCCGUCGAGCUGUGCAGCUACAUCGCCGAGACGGCGCUCGACGGUGUUGUCAGCCAAGUGCCCCGCCAGACUGUCAACAAGCUCGCCAACAACGGCUUUGCUGGAAACGGCACCGCCAAGACCACGGACGGUUCCGUGGUUGGCAGACAGCUGAACAGGAAGUUCGCCCUUCGUGUCUAG